AAAAAAGAUAAACUCUAUAAGCAGUUCAUUAAUUCUAGGGACUCAACUACUGAGUUAAAAUACAAACGCUAUCGGAACAAACUGAAUCAUCUUAUAAAAAUUGCUAAACGAAAGUACUAUGAUACAAAAUUUGAGAAGGCUAAAAAUAACCUGAAAGAAACUUGGAAACUAAUCAAUGAUGUAAUCAACAAACCGAGCAGAAAAGCAGCUCUGCCAAAUUCCUUUUUCUCUGAUGGAAAACUGUUAAAUGAUCCACAAGAAAUAGCUAACUGCUUUUGUAAGUUCUUCACCAACAUAGGUCCGAAUUUAGCAAGGAAAAUUCCAGACACACAAGUAUCUUUUCGUAGUUUUCUUGGCGCUUCUGUUAAUGAGUCGCUUAUCUUAAAUCCAACUAAUAUUUCGGAACUAAAUCAAAUAUGCAACUCUUUUAAAUCUGGAAAGUCGCCUGGAUAUGAUAACGUUUCAAUGGAUAUAAUAAAAAGCACCUUUGAUCUCAUUUCUCAGCCUUUGGCCAAUGUAAUCAAUUUGUCUCUUAUUAAAGGAGUAUUUCCUGAUGAACUGAAAAUUGCUAAACUGAUUCCGGUAUUUAAAGCUGGUGAUUCCCAGUAUUUCACUAACUACCGUCCAAUUUCGCUUCUUUCUAAUUUUUCUAAAUUCUUUGAAAGAGUUAUGCACAAUCGUAUUACAAAUUUUUAGAUCGUUUAGAUAUCUUAUACUGUUGCCAAUUUGGAUUUCGUAAAAAUAUUCUACAGCGCUGUCUUUAAUUCAUCUUAUUAAUAAAAUUGCAACUGCUAUUGACAGAAGCGAAUAUACAGUUGGCAUAUUCUUAGACUUAUCAAAAGCAUUUGAUACUUUAGACCAUCAAAUACUCUUGUCUAAGCUUGAGCAUUAUGGGAUUCAUGGGCUAGCACUUAGCUGGUUGAAAAGCUAUUUGUCAAAUCGCGUGCAGUUUGUCCAGUACAAAGAGACUUGUUCUAUUAGGCUGACUCUGAGCUGUGGAGUCCCUCAAGGUUCUAUAUUAGGACCAUUAUUGUUUGUUUUGUAUAUCAAUGACCUCCCUUGUGCUACUCGUCUUGCUGAAACUAUGCUUUUUGCAGAUGAUACUAGUGUGUUUUAUUCUAAUCCCGAUUUAAAUUGUGCUAUUUCUGCCGUAAAUAAUGAUUUAUCUCAAAUUGAUUUUUUUAUGAAAGCAAAUAAGCUCUCUGUUAACAUAACGAAAACUAAUUAUAUCAUUUUUUGCAGCAAGGCAAAAACCAGUCGGCUUCCCAAUAAAUCCUGUCUUGUACGAUGAGGUUUUAUUAAAACAAGUAAAGGUAGUUAAAUUUUUAGGGUUUUUAUCGACGAGCAUCUAACGUGGAAGCCGCAUAUUACUUAUAUAUGUAAGAAAAUUUCAAAAUCUAUUGGCGUCAUGUUUAGGUCUCGUUUCUUUCUUUCUGAAACAACAAAAAAAAGUCUCUUUAUUAUACCUUAAUUUAUCCUUAUUUAACAUAUUGUACCACAGUUUGGUCCUCCACUUAUGUAACAAACCUUAAUAGAAUUUUUCUUCUACAAAAGCGAGCAGUACGAAUUAUUACAAAUGCAGAUUUUCGCGCGCACUCUGAACCAUUAUUUUUCCGUUUAAAGAUUUUGGACAUAUACAACAUUAAUUCAUUCUAUACUGCACAAUUUAUGUUUUCAUAUUAUCAUCAAUUACUGCCACCGCUUUUUUCGAACCUUUUUGUUACUAGUAGCAAUAUUCAUAAUUAUAAUACUAGAAGUUCCUCGCAUUUCCGUUCUCAUGCCUGCCGAACUAACACCAAACAAUUUUCUAUUUUGUUCCAAGGCCCUAAAAUUUGGAAUUCUUUACCAAACUCAGUCACUUCGAUUUUUACAUUGCAAUCGUUUAACACGAAAGUUUUUGAUUUUCUACUAUAUCGAUAA